AGCUGUUCAAUCGCGAUUGCCAAGUAGAUUUAUAAACAUUUAUUGAUUGUUAAAGAUUUCUGAAAUCAAAAAUAUGAGUACCAACGACUACAAUCCCAUACUGACGCGUAAAAAUCGAAUGGAAUUGUUUACCUUAGACGAGUGUAAAGAGAUUUUGUUAAAUUUAUUGAAUGAUAAGAAACAACGGGGAGUCUUGAAACGUUUUGAAAUAGUGCCGGCCUCGGAACAUGUGGGUUUUUUGGGUGAAUACUUUCACCUGAAUCUCACCUAUCAGUUGGAGAACCAAGAAGAUGAACAGACCACGCGACUCUUUGUCAAAUCGGUGAUCUUUCAGAAUGCCAAUAUGGAAUUCUAUAUGGAAAAGAUGGGAAUCAUCAAAAAGGAAAUAAAGCUGUAUGAAUUGUUGCUGAAUCAACUGAAGAAGUUUUCCCCCCAUGUGUGGUGUGCCAAGUGUUAUUUCACCCGAGAUGAUCUUUUUGUGAUGCAAAAUGUGGAGGAUAUGGGUUAUGUGGCCUUACCAGCAGGCACUCGUUACCUUAACGAGGAUCAAUUGAAUCCUAUACUGAAAACCCUGGCCACUUUGCAUGCAUGCAGUAUUGCCUACGAAAAGGAGCAGGGAAAAACCAUUGGAAUUGAGUUGAAAGAGUGGUUACAGGAAAAAUCUGUGGAUCCGGAUGUUGAGUGGUAUACCACGGGCUUGAGGGCGGUCCUAGCAGUCAUUGCCACCCAUCCCGAUGUACGUGAUAAUGCCAAAGCUCAGGAAUAUAUAGCUAAAGAUCUACCCAGAUAUUUGGAUAACGUAUACUAUAUGGUUAAUCCUUCACCAUUACAUCGAAAUGUCUUUGUUCAUCGCGAUGCCUGGGGGGCUAAUGUCUUCUAUCACAAGGAGCACCGCAGAGAAGAGAUCUCUCUGGUAGACUUUCAACUAUGUCGCUAUGCCCCACCAGCCGUGGACUUCCAUCUGGUCAGUUACCUCAAUUUGGAGCCAUCUAAACGUAGAAUAAUAGGAAAACUGAUCAAAACCUAUUACAAUACCUUGGCUGAGGAUCUCAGGGAAAUGGGUAUCGAUGCCAACAAGGAACAAUUGAGUCUGGAAGAAUUUGAGCAAUCCCUAAAGGAUUUCGCUUUGUUUGGUGUGACCUACAAUUGCAUAGCUGCCACAAUCUUGCGAUUGCCUGAUAAUUAUCUAAAGAACCUCAAAGAUACGAGACCAGCGGACUUUCAUCGUUUCUGUAAUGUGGAUCGCACUGAAGAUGUUUUACGUUUGAUGAAAGAUCAUCCAGAAUUUCGAGAUUAUAUGUACGAGUGUGUGGGAGAUUUACUGGAACUGACAUAUAAUAAAAUAAAGUGA